AUGACAGUCGCGUUCCACCGCAAGCAGCUGGACCGAUCAAGGCGUGAGAUUAGGCUUCUAGAACUACUCCCGAAAACUCAAUGGCCGAACAAUCCCCAACCUGCAUGUCGGAUAUUUCACGCUAGUCUUGAUCAGCAUCCGUCAUACCGGGCUUUGUCAUAUGUUUGGGGAGAUAAGAGCGAUACUAGGCACAUACUAGUAAACGGACGUACUUUCGAGGUGACGAGAAACCUGUUCGAAGCACUGAACAGUAUAGUCGAAUCAGAGAGUUUUGUUAUCUGGAUUGAUGCGAUAUGCAUCAAUCAGGCGGAUGAUGAAGAGAAAGGAUGGCAAGUCGCAUUGAUGGGUGACAUCUAUCGACAGACAUCUGAAGUGAUAGCGUGGCUUGGACCGUCAGCGCAUAACAGUGAUGCUGUUCUGGAACAUCUUGAUAUACUAGGUUCGAUUUCGGAAUCAUUGGGCCUUCCCACAGACACUUCAGCUUGCCUAACCGCAUGGAAAUUAAUGCUGGGGAUCAAACCACUUGAGGGUGAUCUCACUGAGCCCACUUCCAAUCCUACUUCCAAUCUCACCGGGCUCUCGAUAUCUCUAAAGGCAUUCGAAAUUCUUCUGUAUAUCAUGGGUGGCUUUGAAUCCCAUCGUUUUCUGCUUCCAUUAGCUGAUCUGGGCCAUCUCUUUCAACGACAAUGG